GUUGGUUAUGAUGUGUUAUGUUUUGGCGCUUUUGUGUAGUCGGAGUUCACCACGUUGGUUUCGCCUGAGCUUCGGAUUCUGAAGUCGUGUUGCCAGCAACAUAGAACUAGACUAGGCGAGCAGAAUCAACACCACACAAUAGGCAUUGUUCAACUGUUGCAAAUGUUCUGUGUAGUAACGUUAGCAGGCUUUGAGGUUGAUGUCUAGCUGGGUUUUAUUUUUCUCGAUAGCAUGAGUAAAGAGAAUAAACAUUGUUUUUUACAUCAACGACGUUAGGUCUAUGUAGAUAGCCAUCACUCUGUUUUUGUUGAUGUCUUGGCUAUCUGGUUUAUGACAUUAACAUUUUUGAAUGACAACAGAGCUCAUAUAUUUCCCAUUAAGCAUAGUGCUAGGUGCUAGUUAAAACAGGUAGCCUAAUUGGGGAUUAGGGAGAUGUUGACAUCCCCCUCUCAGUUGCUCCCUCAGAUUGUCCGUCCAGUGGAAGGAGAGGCCAAGGGCUCCCCUUCCACUCUCUGCAUAUCCCAUGACAUGGAACCCAAACCCCAAAUUCCCCCUCAUUCCUCUGUCUCAUCCAGCUGUGACAAUGGAGAAGGGCAAGCUGAGAAGAGGCACAGUGAAAGACUACAGGCAACCCCAAAGGAGGGCAGGAAUAAACCCAAAGCCCGCAAGGCUGCACCAAAACAGUCCCAAAUAGUAGCAUCCACAAAGAGAGUGGGGAACGGAAGAGUGGCAGGUUGUGGGGAUGAAAACACUGCAAUUAGCAAAUCAUUUAAACGCAAAGAUAUAAAAGGCCCUAGUCAGAAUAUGGCGCCACCCUCGGCCAAAAACCAAAUGGACUGCACCACCACUGACAAGUCCAAGCAGGUGCUUGAGUCCUGUGAAACGGCAAAGGACAAAGACCCUGCUGCAAAGGGCUGGGUCAUCGGCCCCUUGUUGCACUCUUUCAAAUCCAAGAUGUCAAGCUUCUCAGAGAUCGUGAUGAGCCCUGUCCGUCUUUUUAAACCUACUGACUUGCCGCCCUCAGAUGCAAAAGGGACGGAUGAUGGGGAAGCUUUGAGUUUUAGCAAAACGGCAGACAACAGCAAUGAUCCCAUUCACAAUCAGCAGGCCUACGUGUCCAAGACACUGCAUUUUGAUGGAAGUUCAAAUGAGGUCACAGUAGAGCAUGAACAAGCGGGCACAGAGGGAGAAUUGAAAGUCAAAAUGGAGCGACCAGAAGGUGAACAUAAGUCUGCCUCUUUUCGCUUGACACGAGGUGCCUUGCUAAGGGCUGAAGGGCCGGCUUGCCCAGACCCACUUAAAUCUCAGAAUAAUCAGUCUGUCCGGCACAGUCCCGCUGUUCUGUGUGGCAACUCCAGUUCCUCUAAUAACGUUUCAGAAAGGCAGACUCUACAGAGACGUCCUCAAAUCAGACAGGCUGCCCAGAAGAAAUCAGUCUCGCCAGACUAUGCCAUGAAGACAAGCGCUGUAUCCUCUGCCGAGUCUUGUCGAGUUUUGUUUCACAAUCUAAAGCAGUUGAAGAAUGUAGAUGACCUGCAAGAUGUGAAGACAAGCAGUUUGUCUGAUUCCUCUGUGUUUUACACCCCUCCUGACUCAUUCUCCAAAGAUGGGGGAACACCGGAGCAAGAGGACCUUAAGGAAAGCACCCCCAUUCAGAACACACAGAUUCGUUCAAGCCCCAGAAAGCUGCCCAAGAGCAUCUCUGUUACUCCAGCACCGUUCCCAGUGAAGCGGGAAAGUAGCCGGCAGAAAGUUACAGGGAGAAAAGUGACAUUUGAUAUAAAAGUCCAAGUAGAAGAUGAGGAGGAAAAAGUUGAAAGUCAGAGAAGUAGUGAAGAUGAAGAGUUGGGCCUGGCACCUGAGUCUUCACCUGAUGCUGAGGGCAUACUGAGACGACCCCAACUCAGGCAGAGGAAGCGAACAAGAAAGCCUCUCCAAGCGGACCCCGAGUUGUCUGGGAAGGCAAAGAGAAGAGUGAAAGCCGGAAAAGUUGAGGGAGCUACAAGGAGAAGAGGUAGAAAUAAAGAUGUGGCACCAAAAGAAUCCUUGAGCGAAUGGCUGGAAACCUCCGAGAAGAUUUUGUACACACAGACAACAGACCGUGAGCUGACUGACUCGGGAAAAGAUCUGCUCUCAAAUUCCCAGUCAACAGCAGAUACAGAAAUGCCAGAGAUGAAUGUGUCAGAUGCUGGUCUAAAGUUUGAAGGCAGCAGUAGAUUGACAAGAGGACAGGCCAAAUCAAAGCAGUCAACACCUGCCACAGUGAAAGUUGACCCACUUGAAAAUGAGUAUGCUGAUAUUUUUACUGAUUGCCUUGCUGUUAGCUUUUAUGCAGAAAACGAUAAGUCACUUAAUGACAAAAGCAUCAAUGGAAGAGACAAAGAGGACGGAAUCACUGGUUCAUUGUCUCGAAAGCCCAGGCAGCGGGCAAAGCAGACCGCUGCUUCGGAUGACAGCAGCCUAGUGACGAGCAAAUCCACAUUGAAAUCGGAAGAUGACCGCAGCUCUGUUUUUUCACCCAACAUGGAGAACUCCUCUGGGUCAUUCCUGAGCUCCCUAGCCCAGUCAAACUCCAAGAGUGCCAAAGGCAGUAAGAGGAGGCUGAUGAAGAAAUGGGGUCAGAUGUACGGUGAGGAGCUUCCCGAUGACUCCCCGUCUGCCUCGAUUCUCAAGCUGGAUAACACCAUCUCUGAGAUGUGUGUCAGUGGAGAGAAGAAGAGGCAAGAGGAGUCUGUGCAGACCCAGAAGGACAACAACUCAGAUGAAGUCGAAAAGACACCGUCCAAAAGAGAGUGUGGUAAAGCGCUCAAGAGGAAGUCCCCGUCGCCUUCCACAAAGGAGAGCCGUGUGGAUGGCACUGAAAACGGAGAGGAGGACGACGAUGCUUUUAUAGACACGGAGAGGCCCCCCGAGGCCACAGCGUCAGGUAGCGGCUCCAACCGCCUCUUGCGGAGCUACUCCUGCCCAGAGAUAGCCUCUCUCUCCCACCACGAACAGCUCUGGAGAUCCCCUACUCUCCUCCCGCAUGGCCGAGCUCCCCCAGUGCCCGCUCCGCACCAUCCCGUCGUGCACCCCACCCUACACCUUCCUCCCUCGCCCUCCAAGCGCACCCGUCGACACACCGUCUGCAGUGUAGAGAUAGAGAGGGAGAUUGCACCACUGUGUCUCCGUAAGGAGGUGUAUCCCACCGGUAGAUGCGGCCUCUACGGCAGCCCGUCCCACCCGCUCUGUCCCAGCACGGCCUCCCCGUCCACCUCCUUCACGGCCCUCGUUUCCAGCUUUCUGUCCAGUCCCCUGGCUUUUCUGUCGAGGAGAUCCGACAGAGGGAAACGCAAGGCCCAUGAGGACGAUAGCCUUAUCACCUCCUCCACCUCCUCCUGCCCACUAAGUCCCAGUGUAACCCCACCCUGCUCCACCUCAUCCCCUCCCUUUGCGUUGGGCCCAGCCGUCCACCACUCGCUUGCUGGUUUCACAUGCAGUGCCCCACCCAGAUCAAGUCUUUUUUCAGCCUCUGUAUCGCCAGGCUGCAGCAGCCAUUUUCAGGUCUCCUCAGAGGGAGAGGAUGAUUCUGGGCAGCAGUCUGAAGAUGGGGAGGAGAACGUGGGUAAUCUCAGUCUCGAUCUGCUGUCGAGAGAAAUGCCUGAGGAAAAAGCUCUCUCUGAUUCAGAAAUGAAGAUGGAAACAAAGCAAGGUGAACAGGGAAAGGUUUCAUCUAUACGCAUUCGUAAAACUUUGCCUAAGCCUCUUAAUAACCUGACACCAAUGGGUCUACCCAAACUUAUCAGGCCAAAGAAGAAAGAGUUCAGUGUUGAGGAAAUCUAUACCAACAAAAACUUUACCAAACCUGCAGAAGGACGUCUAGAGACCAUCUUUGAAGACCCACUCAAGCGGCGUGAUGGCUCCCAUUGUCUGCUUGGGCAGAAACGAGUGAAGCGGUUUGUUGAAUUCCCUGAAAUUGGCAAGGUUAGAAAGCUCCGGAAGCCACUGGUCAUUGCAGGUACCGGUAGCAGCACCCAGAAGACGGUUGGGCAGUCCUCAGGUGGACGACCCCGGCGUGGAAUGUGGUCCACCUCCAAGGAUGACCCCCAACCGUCCCCAGAGGACCUGGACUCCCUUCUGUGCUCCAAAUUGGAUCAGCUGGACUCUCUGAUGGCUGUGGAUGAGGGCACCAGCUGAGACAAAAAAAAACAAAACAAUGCAGGCGAUUGGCGAUCUCCAGCACUUUGGAAGAUCCCUCCAGAUCCAGAUACCUUUUUUUUAUUAUUUAGUUUUAUAUGUUUGAAGACCUCCCUCCAUUAUUAGUUGUGUGUUUUCAUUAAAUUGUAUUUUUGUAUGUUUUAAUUUGUAUGUUUGGUUUUGUUCGUUUGAUUUUACUUGACUAUACUUCUGCCUUCUGUUUUAUGCAUUUGUUUUUUUUUUUUACUUGUGCUUGUCUCAAGCAUGCAGCAAAAAUACAAUGCAUACUUUAUUUGAAAUGAGCUACUAUAAUUAUACAUCUUUUAAAUUACUGUUCUAGGGUAGUCCUAGUAUGGGUGAAUGUAGGUAUGUGUGUAUAUAUGCUUUUGGCCUCCACUUAUUUGGUUCAGCCAUUUCCAUGCCCAUUGCCUUGCAGAUGUAUAGAAAGACCCAUAUAGUUACAGUUAUGGCAUAGCUUCGGUACAUUAAGUUAGAUUACUUAUAGUCACAGCACAGGGAGUGUCUUUCUCAUGGUAAUAUCCUCUUUGUAAACGGGGCAAUAAUUUCACUCAUAGCCUUCUAUUACCAACGCACCCUUUAAGAACACAACCAAAAAGGCCAUCUGUGUGCUCUGUAUUUAUUUAAUGUGCCAAAACCUUUCGUGCAGCUCAUCCAGGCCUAUCGAUUGACUAUUUUAUAGUGCUAUUCAAGUAAAGGACAUGCACAUGGGUCACUGAUCAAGGCAUAGAGCAACAUGCCAUUUUCUAGCACUCACUGUAUGUAGUGGCUUCAAAUCAAACAGAAGACCAUUCAUUGCUUCAUUCAACCGCUGCUUUUGAAGUCCUGUGCUUUGUCAAACUUUGUUGGUUUGGUUCUUUGUCAAAUGGCAGCUCAAACUUGCACCAGUCUCAGCAUUUUAAAGAGAAGUUAUUUUGCCUCAGUAAUAUUGCAUGGGUUAUGUAUUUUGUUUAUACAAAUCAAUGUGGCAUCAAGGUGAAUGUAAGUGUUAAUAUAACCAUUAAAAUGGGAUUUUGUUUAAUAUCCCCUUAACAACAACAACAGUAAGACUAACCUCAGAAAUAGCUACUCUUUAUAUCUUAAAUUAAAUUCACCAACCUGCCAUUUGAUAUGAAAGUUUCUCCCAUGUUUUCAUCAGGACAAUGAACAGCAUUUUCAGGGUUUUUUUUGUUUUUGUUUGUUUAAUUCAGUGAGGAGUUUGGUGAUCUGCUCCAAUCACGUAAACGAUUUUGAGCCACCUUUUGAAAAUCAAGAUCCAAUUGUCUGAUGGCGUUACAGGAUCAGUUUUAUGUUACCUGAAUGAAUGCAGUUUAGUACAAGUCCUUUAGUUUGCUACGAUCAUUUUGUGAAACAUUUAAUUCAAUCAUUCUGUAUAUUUUUGAUAAUGUGGAUGGCAUGUAUAGGAGAGCUCAUAUUUUGUAUCUUUUGUCAUGUGUAUAUAUAGGGGAUAAUUGUCUGGAGUUUUAAAAAUGUUUUAUAUGAAUAAAUGUAAGUUCUCUUCUAUGUAAAUUUUUAAUCUACAUUAAUGCAUUCAUAUUGGUUUUGACAAAGAUACCUUCUUUUUUGACAUAUGCCUGUUGACAACGGUGCUGUUUUAUCUUUUUUUUAUUGGAGAAGUACUGAAAACAUGCAAUGUACAAAUUACAUAUAUAAAAGAAGGUUUUGAAAGCACAAAAAUACAUUUUUAUAUUCACACGGUAUGUAACAGAAUAGAAAUGUUUAACAGUGUGAAUCAAUGCUAAAAGCAGUCUUGGAUGGUGUUCGGACUGACCAGAAUGUCUCAUGAGAACUAACCAUGCAAAGUUUCAAAACAUGAUUUUGUAUUUUUGUGUAAAUGUAUGCCUACAUCACGUUAUGGAGCUAGAAGGCCCCAAACAAGUUUCUAUUUACAUCCCCUUUGGCCAAGUGGCUGGGCUUCUCUCUGAUGGGCAUUCCCAUGUUUGUAACAGUACAAUGGAGGGGGACCCACUUAGUUAUUACAGUUCUAUAACAGGUCAGCCACAGUCCAUAAGAAUGGUCUUCAUGGUGCCAAAAUUAGAGGAAUGAUUUGUGAGUUGAUUGCAAAGUGUAGCACUCUGAGCUCAGUCCGUCCAGCAGGGCAAUUGUAUCUUAACAUGCGCUGUUUGUCCAAUAAAAGUAUUUAUCUCAAAUGCCA